GUGAAGGCGCUUUCUGGAAUCAGAGCCCAUCUUCAGCCCACAAUGGCAGUAGUGCAGACCAGAGCACUGCCUUCUCUCCUGCAACAAACUCACCCCAUGCCCAACAGUGCUUUGCCAACGAGUUCAACGGAUGAACCUGUCACCUCUGCUGUAACUGCCAUGACCAACAACCCCGAAAACUCAACCACACACAUGCUAAAAACCUCAACUACCCUGGGAAUGACCAACAGUACCCCAUCCACCAUCCCAGUUACGACCCACACCCUAGUCACAACUCAGGCCACAACCAACAAUUCACACCCAGCUGCUCCAGUCACAGAAGCUACAAUCGGCCCCAGCUUAGCUACUCAUGCCCAGCCACCCACUACCACCCCUUGUGGCAAUACAACUGGAAGGGAUCCAUCAACUGUUAGCCGCACAACUGGGAAAACCACCCAACACAGGAAGCAGACCACCAUCCUGACAACUCUGGCCACAGAGCCACAUGGAAACACAACCAGUCAGAUGUCUGUCCAAACCUCCCACACGCCAGGAACAGCAUCACACAAUGCUACCCAGACCAUUUCCCCUGCCUCUAUCCUUACUGGACCCACCCUUGCGCCCCGGCCUACGUCAGCCAAGACUGGAACUUAUCAAGUUCUAAAUGGGAGCAAGCUCUGUAUAAAAGCAGAGAUGGGGUUACAGCUGGUUGUUCAAGACAAAGAGGCGGUCUUCUCACCUCAGAGAUACUUCAACAUCGACCCCAACACAACCCAAGUUUCUGGGAACUGUGGCUGCCGAAAAUCCAACCUCUUUUUACAUUUCCAGGGUGGACUUGUGAAUUUCACAUUUACCAAGGGUGAAAAAUCAUAUUAUAUCAGUGAAGUGGGAGCCUUUUUGACCGUCUCAAAUCCAGAGAAAACUUACAAAGGGAUGGAGAAAGCCGUGAUAGUGUUUGAGACGCUGGUCGGGCAUUCCUUCAAGUGUGUGAGUGAGCAGAGCCUGCAGCUGUCACCUCUGCUUCAGCUGAAAACCACUAAUGUCCAACUGCAGGCUUUUGAUUUUGAAGGAGACCACUUUGGAAAUGUGGAUGAAUGCUUCAGUGACAGAAGCAAGAAAGAAAUCCCUGUGGCUGUCGGCCUGAGUAUCACAGCACUACUGGUUGUUUGGCUCACCUCCUGCCUGGUGGCCAGAAAGAGGCCCCGUAGAGGGUAUGAACGCAUGUAGAGCCCUGCCUUCCAAGCGAGCAAGGUGGAGGCCUUCCUUGGGGGAAUCUGCCUUCAUGUCCAGCCUGAAAGGAAAGGGUUGUCCUUCCACCUUCCCAAGCCAAUUGCGAGACCCAGCUUUCUGCACCACACCCCUAUUUCUCCCUCUGGCUCAGGGAAACCACACCAGCUGACUUGAAUACCAUAUUCCCUACCUGAAUAAAGGGGGCUGGCUUUUGGAAUUUGGGAAAGAGGGGCAGAGACAUGAGUGACUGUAAGGAGAAAGCAAAAUCAUAAAGGGAAAUUAUUACAGAAGACAUUUUCAAACUGCACUGAAUUUUCUUAUAUGUUUUUAAGAGUGUUCUAUUUUUUAAAUUUUUUUUUUAAAAAAAGCAAUUCUUUUCAAAAUAGAUUAAAGGUGAGCUUAAACUACUGGGUUUACUCGAACUUUGAUUUACUUAUUAUAGAUGUUCUUUGUAAAACAAGCUUUUUUUUUGUAAUAAAGGUUUUGUUUUAACCAUUACAAUUUAGUAUUAGUAAAAACAAAAGCAAGCAAGCAAGCAAGCAGAAAACCCUGACAACUUAGAAAGCUGCCUAAAUUUUGCUUCUAAAAGUAAAACACAUAGCAAAAUCUUGGGGAAAAAAAACCUAAAAAAAAAAAAUGAAUACAAUAAAUGCUAGGUCUCUAGUCCUGCCGCUUGAUUUGUGGUCUUCCUUCUUAACGUUGCUUCCUGAUUUGCCUUUUUGUUUCAUGCUCUCCCAGCCUUGUAGAUGGGUUAAUUUGGGUCAUUGCAGGAGGGAAGUAGGCAGAACAUUCUGAGAGGGCAAGUGGGAGGUGGCAGAUCUGUCCAGGUGGCGGGGAUGAGUGCAGUGCACUUGGCUUUUUAGCAAAGUGUCACACAGAAACAUUCCAAGCCAGAAAGCUCCUGAUUGGAAGUGAUUGAAAACUAGAGGGGAAAAAAUCUAUUAAAAUAAGUUUAAGAUAUCAUUCCACAUUUUCCAUUACACUAAAUGGCUUAAGUAUGAGGUUUUGUUUUGUUUUUUUCUUUUCUUUUUUUUGAGAAAGGGGAAAGUACUGGAUUUCUGGAAGUUCUUAGCUAUUUUAUGAUCAGGAAGUUUUCUGAUUUUUUUUUUCUACAUUUUUCAGAGGUGCCAUUCAUUAUUUUUAACAGGAAGCUUAUGAAAUUUGGCACCAACUCUGUAACUAUUGCUUAUCUAGGAAGAGUACUGGCUCACUCCAAGAUAUUUUAAUUCUUUCCACUUUUAGAAGUGAGGAGACUGGGAAGACAAGCGAUACCCUCAGGAGAGCGUUAAGAGUCCCCUCGAGACAUCUCCAGUGCCAGGAAAUGCCCAGCUCAGAGCAGGAGAUGUUGACGGGAACCUAAGGUGUAAGGGAGGGACUCAAGGGCGAGGGCCUGGCUGUGAAGCUGCAGGCAUUUGCUCCACACCCCCACAUACUCAAGAUGAAGGGUAUUAUUUAAACAUACAUAAAUGCAAUAGUCAGAUAUCUGCGCCUAGGAAAUAAUUCCAAGAUUGCAGUACUAGGAAUCCUUUCAUAAAGAUGUUGUUUAGCAGUGCAGCUCAGUGAAACAGGAUGUGGGUCUUAAUAGCAACAAGG